UCCAGUAUCUUUCCGGUUUUGUUCUCUUCGUGGGAGACGCAGCUCCAGCACAAAGUUAACUCAGCUAAUUAAUCGAUCGAAAAACCGCGUGGAACAGACUGGUGGAACGUUACUCGUCCAGAAGUAUUCGAAAAUGUCUUUUCGCUUUUUCGGGUCAAAGGGCAAUCUGUAUUUAGUGAUGUAUUAAAAUUAGUCUAGCAAGCACUCCCUAAGAAGAACUGCCUUGUUUUCGCCCAGUGCAUUGAGAAGAAAUGUCUGAUUGAGGAAUCCUAUACCAAAAAAGCGGCACGGUUUUCUUAAUGAUUGAUAAAUGCAACAAUAAUGGCAAACAAGGCUCAGGUUUUAUACGACUUCACAGCUGAACCUGGAAACAAUGAGCUGACGGUGAAGGAGGGCGAGACCAUCACAAUCACCAACCAGAACAUUGGUGGAGGUUGGGUAGAAGCUCAAAAUUCUAAAGGAGAAGUAGGACUGGUUCCAGAGGACUAUAUUGAGCUCACUAAGGCGUCCCCAGCCGUUGGAAACGCAGCGGUUCCAGACCUUUCCUUCUUUGACGCCUUCGCCCCCGCGACAGCCAGCAGCGCCACCAGCAACCAGGUGGACCUGGCUGGCAGUGCUGUUCAGCCGGACACCCCCGACACCCCGGCGUCCCCCGACGAGGCAAGCAAUGGUAAUGACCCCUGGUCUGUCUGGAACUCUGACCCCCCUGGAAACUCUGCCAACAACUGGGCCGCCAAGCCGGAGGGCACAGAGACAGGGAAUGCCGCGGGGGGCAACUGGAACUCUACAGCACAUGGGCAUCCACAGGCCUACCAGGGUCCAGGGGCUGCCGACGAUGACGAGUGGGACGACGAGUGGGACGAUGUGAAGUCGUCGGGGGGGUACGCGGAGUCGGGGGAGGCGGGCGAGGGUGGAGCCAUAAACCGAGGAGGGGCACAUGGAUCCUCCAUGAAAAUCGCCCUCAACAAGUUUCCUGGCUUCUCCAAAUCUGGCCCAGAGUUAUAUCUCCUGUCAAAACAGCCAGCAAAGGGAAAAGACAAGAUACCCAUCUAUAUGGGAGAGGUUGGUCCAGUGUGGCUGUAUCCCGAGACGCAGUUGGACUGUGUUGUAGCAGAUCCCAAGAAGGGCACCAAAAUGUACGGCCUAAAGAGCUAUAUUGAAUAUCAAGUCAUGCCCAGUACCACAAACAAACCUGUCAAUCACAGAUACAAGCACUUUGAUUGGCUAUACGAGAGGCUUCUGGACAAGUUUGGGUCAGCCAUUCCCAUCCCAUCACUACCAGACAAACAGGUCACAGGGCGCUUUGAGGAGGAGUUCAUCAAGAUGAGAAUGGAGCGCCUCCAGGGCUGGAUGACCCGGAUGUGCCGACACCCCAUCAUCUCCAACAGCGAGGUCUUCCAGCUCUUCCUCUCCUACAAGGAUGAGAAGGACUGGAAAACAGGGAAGAGAAAAGCGGAGAAGGACGAGACGGUGGGAGUCAUGAUCUUCUCCACGAUAGAGCCAGAGGCGCAAGAUCUGGACCCCAUUGAAGUGGAGCAGAAGUGUGAGAUGUUCAGCCGGUUCACCAGGGCCAUGGACGACGGCGUGAAGGACCUGCUGACAGUGGGGCAGGAGCACUGGAAGAGGUGCACGGGACCAUUGCCAAAAGAAUACCAGAGGAUUGGAAAAGCUUUUCAGAACCUGUCAUCUGUGUUUAACAGCAGUGGAUACCAAGGGGAGGCCACUCUCACAGACGCGCUCACCGCGGCGGGGAAGACGUACGAGGAGAUUGCCCAGAUGGUGGCAGAGCAGCCAAAGAAAGACCUGCAUUUCCUGAUGGAGACCAAUAACGAGUACAAAGGGCUCCUGGGCUGCUUCCCUGACACCAUUGGAGUGCACAAGGCAGCGAUAGAGAAGGUGAAGGAGGGCGAUAAGCUGGUCGCCGCGGGGAAGAUCACGCCGCAGGACAAGGUGACCAUGGCCAAGCGCAUCAGCACCAUGUCCUAUGCACUGCAAGCUGAGAUGAACCACUUCCAUAGCAACCGUAUCUAUGACUACAACAGGGUGAUGCAGCUGUACCUGGAGCAGCAGGUGAAGUUUUACGAAACGAUCGCCGAGAAGCUGAAACAAGCCCACAGCCAGUUCGUCACGAUGUAGAGACGGACUCUCUGCAGGAGCUCAGUCGUCACCCCAAAGCAUUUCUUCUCUCCUCUUCCUCUCUCUUUAUAAGAUGUGCACAUGUAAUGAAUUCAGUACCAUAUUGCGUCAUUACUGUUUCCCGUAAUGAAGGAAAUAAAACGGAAGAAUAAUAUGAACGCCAGAAUUUGCAAAGUCACGGACGUACUGUCAAAAGGGCCCCACGAGAAACACACUGUUGACUGUUUGAAGGCCGGGCUUGCCCGUUUCACAGCAUCAUGAAGAGGUGCUGGAAAUGCCAGCAAAGACUGUUGUACGGUAGGGUGGGCUGCAAAGCUAUGUGUCCAUAGCAUCCCACAGACACUUUGUCAUAAAAUCUCCACAGGCUGCACAUUGGUAGCAGCACGUUUUGCCUCGCACAAGAAGCUACAGCUGGAAUUGUCCCUCAGAAACGUGUAUUUCUUUUAUUUCAUUGAAGUUUGAAUAUUGUAGGAUGAUUGUGUAUCGCUGAUUGCAUGCUUUGCCUGACGUUGUCACUGAUCCUGGUUCUGGGGGGCACAGAGAGAGAGAGAGAGGGGGAGAGAGAGACAGAGAGAGAGAGAGAGAGAGAGAGGUGGGGGGGAGAUGUGAGGUCGGGAAGCCCAGGGCGAUGUGCCAUGAACACUGCUGGCAGUACCUUACCUGCUCACACUCACACUAUUAACAGCGAGCCUCACCUUUCAGUAUCACAGUGCCUUGUACACGCAGAAGAGCAGCUCGGCUCCUUCGGUUCGCACAGCACUCUAACCUGACACUUCUCGCAGCGCUGGUGAGAGAUGUCCGCUGCGACCUCGAAACCUUGCUCCUGUCCCCGCUUCAGGAGGUCACUUACAUCAGGGUGCUUAAAACAUCGGGGCUGGUCCUUUAUUAUUUUUUUCCUCAUCAUAGCCAAAUGCAAGAUGCCUCACUACAGUCUGUUUCUGAAGCUACAGCCAAACAUGAUUUUUGUAAUGUCCUCCGCCUCAGUUUCGCUUUGUCAUUAUAAUACGAUUGUGGCAUCAUCUGGAAUCAUGCUUUGAACUUUUGACUCUUUUCCUAACACACGAACCACAUAUAUAUAUAUAUAUUUUCUUUAGAGAUGCAUGUGCUUUGGUUGUUGAGACAUUUCAUGUACAGUAUACAAAUGUUUGCAAAGUUGCCACAGAAGUGACAGGUCUGUUCAAUAAAUAAAUUCUGAUUUGUACUGGCUCUCUAACCU